CGGAGUCGGUUACCAUAAGAGAUAAAUUGUGUGCUGUACAAUAGGAGAGCCGGGUACGAAACUGUCCAUUACUAUUCUGUACCGGGGGACAGUACAGGAAUCGGGUACCUAAAACCCAUUAGAUAAUAUUAAUUGAAAAGGGAAAUUAAAAGGCAAAAGAAAUAUGUCGGCAAAUAAAGAUGGAGACGGUGGAUGGAAGAGCUUUCUGUGGAAUUCGGAAAGGAAGGAAUUUCUAGGACGCACUGGUGGCAGUUGGUUUAAAAUCUUGUUGUUCUACCUGAUCUUCUAUGGAUGCUUGGCUGGGAUUUUCAUUGGGACCAUCCAGGCCCUGCUGCUAACCCUUAGUAACUACAAACCCACCUACCAGGACAGAGUCGCCCCACCAGGUCUAUCCCACACCCCACGCUCUGAGAAGUUUGAGAUCUCUUACAACGUCAACGAUGUGGAGACGUAUCUGAAAUACACCAAGAGCAUCAAGGACUUCCUGGAGAUGUACGAUGAGGAGAAGCAGACUGACCAGAACAAGUAUGAAGAAUGUGGAGAUUUACCUGAAUCGUACAGGGACCGUGGUGAGCUGGAGAGUGACGCUGGAGUGAGGAAGGCCUGCAGGUUCAAGCGGACCUGGCUGGGACCCUGUGCUGGUCUGGAUGGUCACGAUGAAAACUUUGGCUUCAAGGAUGGGAAACCCUGUCUGAUCGCCAAGCUCAACAGGAUCAUCAACUUCCGACCAAGGCCUCCAACCAACAAUGCCUCCGUCCCCGAAGCCGGCCAGAGCAGAGUCCAGACCAACGUUAUCCCCAUCCACUGUCAGAACAAGAGAGAGGAGGAUGCUAGCAAGAUUGGUGAGAUCAAGUACUAUGGCAUGGGCAUGGGGUUCCCCCUCCAGUACUACCCCUACUAUGGCAAGCUGCUGCACCCCAAUUACCUACAGCCUCUGGUGGCCAUCCAGUUUACCAACCUCACCUUCAACGAGGAGCUGCGUCUCGAGUGCAAAGUGUACGGAGCGAACAUUGACUACAGCGAGAAAGAUCGCUACCAAGGACGAUUUGACGUUAAGUUCACCAUCACCAAUUCAUGACCUCAGAAAAAACACACUGUUAUCCUCCCACAUUUCAAAACAAGAUGAUUUAGGAAAAAAAAAAAAAAAAAAUUAGUUAUAUUAAAAAACACGACUAGUCUUGGAACAAACUUUCAUAAUAUACGGGACCUAGAGUCAAUCUGUGUACAUCACACUGGCUUUUCUGCAUAAUGUCUAGGGUUAGAAUGUACUUUACAGGAAGAGUAGCACUAAGCAACAUAUUUAUUCUACUGUAAAUGACAAGUCCCUGAGCCAUGGGACAUGUUCAUCUCUUACUGUAAAUUGCAAUUCCACUACUGAUAUGUAGCGAGCAGUGUUUCUGUCUGUCCCCCUAAGUAUUCUGCCUAACGUGGUUUCUAUAUAUGUUUGGAGUGUCCAGUACAGUAGUGGUAUACAGUGGUCCUUUCCAAGCCAUGUUGUAAUUUCUGUUGUCUUAUGUCAGUAAGCUUUAGUGGUCCAAGGUGUGUUUUGUGUUUUAAUGUGAGUGUGUGGAUAUGUGUUAAUGUGCUCUUACUAACUGAAAAUACUGGCAUGGUACGCUCUGAUCUCCAAGUCUGUCAGUAAACGGAUGCACUCCCUGGAAUGAUUUUCCUGUGUCUUUUUGAGUUGAUUGUGGGACAAUAUUUCUACAUUACUCUUUUUCUUUUUGCAUCAACUUUAAUAUGGGACAGAGGGUUUAAUGAAAUGUCUUGUUUGAUACUCCUCUCUCUAUGUUCAAUGCUUCUCCUCCUCCUCUCUAUGUUCAAUGCUUCUCCUCCUCCUCUCUAUGUUCAAUGCUUCUCCUCCUCCUCUCUAUGUUCAAUGCUUCUCCUCCUCCUCCUCUCUAUGUUCAAUGCUUCUCCUCCUCUCUAUGUUCAAUGCUUCUCCUCCUCCUCUCUAUGUUCAAUGCUUCUCCUCUCUCUAUGUUCAAUGCUUCUCCUCCUCCUCCUCCAUGUUCAAUGCUUCUCCCCCUCCUCUCUGUUCAAUGCUUCUCUCUCUGUUCAAUGCUUCUCCUCUCUAUGUUCAAUGCUUCUCCUCCGCCUCCUCUCUAUGUUCAAUGUUUCUCCUCCUCCUCUAUGUUCAAUGCUUCUCCCCUCUCUCUAUGUUCAAUGCUUCUCCUCCCCCUCUCUCUAUGUUCAAUGCUUCUCCUCCCCCUCUCUCUAUGUUCAAUGCUUCUCCCCCUCCUCCUCUCUAUGUUCAAUGCUUCUCCUCCUCCGCCUCUCUAUGUUCAAUGCUCCUCCUCCUCCUCUCUGUUCAAUGCUUCUCCUCCUCUCUAUGUUCAAUGCUUCUUCUCCCUCUAUGUUCAAUGAUUCUCCUCCUCUCUCUAUGUUCAAUGAUUCUCCUCCUCUCUAUGUUCAAUGCUUCUCCUCCUCCUCUCUCUAUGUUCAAUGCUUCUUCUCCCUCUAUGUUCAAUGAUUCUCCUCCUCUCUCUAUGUUCAAUGCUUCUCCUCCUCCUCUCUCUAUGUUCAAUGCUUCUUCUCCCUCUAUGUUGAAUGCUUCUCCUCCUCCUCUAUGUUCAAUGCUUCUCCCCCUCUCUAUGUUCAAUGCUUCUCCUCCUCCGCCUCCUCUCUAUGUUCAAUGCUCCUCCUCCUCCUCUCUAUGUUCAAUGCUUCUCUCCUCUCUGUUCAAUGCUUCUCCUCCUCUCUCUAUGUUCAAUGCUUCUCCCCCUCCUCUCUAUGUUCAAUGCUUCUCCUCCUCCUCUCUAUGUUCAAUGCUUCUCUCCUCUCUGUUCAAUGCUUCUCCUCCUCUCUCUAUGUUCAAUGCUUCUCCCCCUCCUCUAUGUUCAAUGCUUCUCCUCCUCCGCCUCCUCUCUAUGUUCAAUGCUCCUCCUCCUCCUCUCUAUGUUCAAUGCUUCUCUCCUCUCUGUUCAAUGCUUCUCCUCCUCCUCUCUCUAUGUUCAAUGCUUCCCCUCCUCCUCUCUCUAUGUUCAAUGCUUCUCCUCCUCUCUCUAUGUUCAAUGCUUCUCCCCGUCCUCUCUAUGUUCAAUGCUUCUCCUCCUCCUCCUCUAUGUUCAAUGCUCCUCCUCCUCCUCUCUAUGUUCAAUGCUCCUCCUCCUCCUCUAUGUUCAAUGCUUCUCCUCCUCUCUAUGUUCAAUGCUCCUCCUCCUCCUCCUCUAUGUUCAAUGCUUCUCCUCCUCUAUGUUCAAUGCUUCUCCUCCUCUAUGUUCAAUGCUUCUCUCCUCUAUGUUCAAUGCUUCUCCUCCUCCUCUCUAUGUUCAAUGCUUCUCCUCCUCCUCUCUAUGUUCAAUGCUUCUCCUCCUCCUCUCUAUGUUCAAUGCUUCUCCUCCUCCUCUCUAUGUUCAAUGCUUCUCCUCCUCCUCUCUAUGUUCAAUGCUUCUCCUCCUCCUCUCUAUGUUCAAUGCUUCUCCUCCUCUCUAUGUUCAAUGCUUCUCCUCCUCCUCUCUAUGUUCAAUGCUUCUCCUCCUCCUCUCUAUGUUCAAUGCUUCUCCUCCUCUCUAUGUUCAAUGCUUCUCCUCCUCUAUGUUCAAUGCUUCUCCUCCUCCUCUCUAUGUUCAAUGCUUCUCUCCUCUAUGUUCAAUGCUUCUCCUCCUCCUCUCUAUGUUCAAUGCUUCUCUCUAUGUUCAAUGCUUCUCCUCCUCCUCUCUAUGUUCAAUGCUUCUCCUCCUCUCUAUGUUCAAUGCUUCUCCUCCUCCUCUCUAUGUUCAAUGCUUCUCCUCCUCCUCUCUAUGUUCAAUGCUUCUCCUCCUCCUCUCUAUGUUCAAUGCUUCUCCUCCUCCUCUCUAUGUUCAAUGCUUCUCCUCCUCCUCUCUAUGUUCAAUGCUUCUCCUCCUCCUCUCUAUGUUCAAUGCUUCUCCUCCUCCUCUCUAUGUUCAAUGCUUCUCCUCCUCCUCUCUAUGUUCAAUGCUUCUCCUCCUCUCUAUGUUCAAUGCUUCUCCUCCUCCUCUCUAUGUUCAAUGCUUCUCCUCCUCCUCUCUAUGUUCAAUGCUUCUCCUCCUCCUCUCUAUGUUCAAUGCUCCUCCUCCUCUAUGUUCAAUGCUUCUCCUCCUCCUCUCUAUGUUCAAUGCUUCUCCUCCUCCUCUCUAUGUUCAAUGCUUCUCCUCCUCUAUGUUCAAUGCUUCUCCUCCUCUAUGUUCAAUGCUUCUCCUCCUCCAUGUAGUCUAGAGCAGUGUUCUGUGUCCUGCAGCAGGCAGGGAAGACCAUCUUCCUCCCUCCUCCAUGGAAACACUGACAGCAACUCUGUGUUUUUAAAACCAACCCUUUUAUUUGCUGGAGACAUCACAUGACGUGGUGCAACUUUCUAAUGAAGUCAUUUUCAUGGUGGAAUAGUUUUAUAUUUAUGCAGUUGUACAAUUUUUUGUUUUCCGCAGGAAAAAGUGUAAUGUAUGGAUCCGAUACCAAAGUCGCUGGUGUAAACGUCAGAAUAUCAGAAGCAAUGCAGUACCCUGUGUAAUAGGAGGUUUUGUUGGUGUAAAAGUUAUCAAUGUUGAACAUCCGGACACUCGUCAGGAGUCCAUCUGGGUAAGACCUUAAAGACAAAAUAAAUGGAGAAAUUA